CAUUCACAUUUUGUCACAAAACUGAAUUUUAUAUAAUUGUACGUAAUAAGGGAUAUAAAAAACGACUAUUGAUGGAUUUAACGAACAUAGAACAAACCGUCGGAAUAAACGGUGUAAAUUUAUCUGAAUAUUUCCCAGUUAAAAAUUCUUACAACCCUGUCAUAUAUAUGCAUAAGAAAUUUCUUUCAAAAGAAAGGAAGACUAAUAGAGAAUCAACGAAAGUAGAAAAACAAAAUUCACAGAACGAAGUUAAAAAAAAUAAAAAACAGGAUAAGAGCGAACAGUUCGAUUUCGAUAAAAUCAAAAGAGAAACGUACAAAACAAAAACUAAAUACGCGGAUUACAAAGAUCCCUUAAUAGAACAAACCAUUAAGUUUGCCACGGACAUAAUUCCCUUAACCAUUCCACCAAGCACAAACGACGUAAGUAAUCCUGUUUAUUAUACUAUAAAACCUAGUCAACGCAUAAAAAGGAAACGCGAACAUUGCCAACAAAAUUUAAAUCAUUACAAAGAUGUCACUUUUAAUAAACAAAAGUCCAAGAGUACAAUAAAAAUCGUAGAUAAAGACAAGUAUAAAUGUAAUGAAGAGAGCUUCAGUGCUAGAGAAUCCGUUAGUAGGUCCUCUAAAAGUAAUACCUUAGACGACAUAAACGAAAAUAAGUCUCUAUGCUUCUCACUUUCUGAAUCUACGGAGCGGAAACAUUGUAAUAAAGAAGAUAAUGACAAGAGGAACAAGAAAAAUGAUCACCAAAAAAUUACAGUUUCCGAGUCUUUUGAAGCCAUCGCAGAAGAUUACAUGGAUACGAGUGACGCAAAGAUAAAAGUCCACCUUAUGAAUGAUAAGGAAAAACAGUCACUGUAUGAAAAUAUACGAGCGCCCGUUGUAAGAGUUAUAAAACAAUGCUUUACAGAACUACAGAGUAAUAAUGAGGGCAAUUUGGACUUGCAGUGUUUACACACAGCGAUACAGUCACAAGAAACUAAAUUGGACCGCAUAAUGGGUAAAUUGGACAAAUUCGAGGAACAACUAGACCUAUUCGGGAAAAUUCUGUUAGAAAAAUCUAAAAAAAAAAUUGUAAAGUCAUCAAAAUUAGAGGAACUGAGUCAAGAUAUAAUUGAAGAAAAUAACGACAUCAGUUCUGAAGAAGAACUGGCUGAAGUUACUUUCAUGAAGAAGAGAAAGGAGGUGCCCGCACCAAUUAUUACAAUGGUCAGUGAAAAAGAAGGUGGAAACAGAGUUGACGAUUUAGCUAAAGGUGAAAAUGUCCCAAAGAAUUAUGAAGCAUCCGGACAAACAAGCGUUAGGCCAGAUAGAUUGAAUAGAAUCCCAGCAAGAUAUUGUUGGACUGACACUGUUCAGAAGCUAUAGUAUAGUUGUUUAAUAGUUUCCAAUUUAAACUUUGAUAUAUAAUAGUUUAUAUUGUUAGAAUUAUUUAAUAUGUAAUUUAAAUCAAAUAAAUAUAUAUAAAAAUUGAA